UCAACCAGGCACCCAACUCCUUCCCGAUCAACUCCCUCCUCCUAUCAUCCUCACAAAAUGGUCGGUCCCACAGCUUCGCUCUCGACUUUGCACCGUGCCGACGGCUCGGCAUCCUACAAAUGCCCGGCCACCGGUUACGAUCUGCUGGGCUCCGUCAAUGCGCCCAUUGAGCUCCCAGCCCGCCGGGACGCCCUCAAGCCCGAAGAAGCGACUGUGGAGGUCUUCGUCAAGCCUGGGAAUACCACCGCCGGUGUCGGUGAGCGAUAUGUGGAGGGCAUCCUGCGAAGUGUGUUGAGCGAGGUUGUCUUGGGACGCGAAAGGGGAUUUCCUCGUCGAGGUGUGGUGAUCACACUCGCUAUCGUUGGAGGUGACAUUGUGGAACGAGGUGACUCUUAUCUCACGAUCCUCCCCGCCCUCUUGCACACAUCCCUGCUCGCUCUCCUUUCCGCCGCUGUGCCUCUGUCCAUGACAUUCUCUUCUACCCUGCUGGGCGUAACUAAGUCCGGCGACAUCAUUUCCGACCCCUCGGCGGCCGACGCAAAAGCAGCCUCCUCUCUCCACGUCUUGGCGUUUUCCUCCAAGGGCCACCUCCUGCUCAACGAGAGCGAGGGACGAUUCGAUUUUGACACCUGGGAGGCAGUUCGAGAGCGAGCAUCCUCUAUUUGCCGCGGAGCGGCAGUCUCUGCAGCCGACGGGGACGUUGCAAUGGGCGAGGGUACAGAUGGUGUCCGCCUGGACAGCUUCAUUCGCGAAACUGUGGAGGACCGUUUUCACGUUGACUACGCCUGGAAGAUUGACUCGAACUGA